AUGAAGAUGGCUGUUACAAGCCGUGUUCCGAUUUCCAGUAUUGUGGAGCAGAAGUUGGCGCGCCCCCAAAUUGCACUGGUCUGCAUAACAUUCAAUGCUCAAAGUCUUGCUGCAAGUCGUAUUCAACCGUUAUUCCCAGCAGAUGCGUUUAUUUACCAGUCCCUGCUUGGCGCUCCUUCCGGUGUCAUGUAUCCACACUUCCGAGCCUCGAAGUUUCUUAGCAAGACGCUCUCUCUCCGUCCCGAUAGGCUCUCGGAUCCCACACGCAGGAAGAAGGGAGAUGCUGUCGAAGCUGUGAAGCGUACGUCCGAGGACGACCACAGACGCAAACGGCGCAACAGAACUACUCAAUCAUGCUUAAAUUGCCACACGUCCAAACGAAUGUGUGAUCGCAAACGACCGUGCGGCCGAUGCACCCAACUAGGUUUGACUGGACUAUGCAUCUACGAAGUAGAUGAUCCAAGCCCAAGUAACGAUACUCAGGAUGAAACAUUACGACUACAGAAACGUGUUGCUGAGCUGGAGAGCAUCAUUCGUGAGUUGAAGAAUAAGCCACAUCCUCGCUGGAUCAAGUCCACAAAAGAUGCUGGCAUCGAGAAGAAGCGUAAUAAUCGCACGACAGCCUCUCGCAGAAAGGGGAUUCCGGACAUCGUUAUCUCUGAUACUGCCACGCCGCCUCCUAUUGAGCGAGUGGUCGCAUCCUCCCCAACAACGCACAUAUUUCCUGAUCGACCUUUCGAUACCUACAAUCACCUCACCUUGGACGUUAAUAACUGUUCGCCUUCACCCUUUGCGCCAGCCAGUCCCUCCACGGAUCCGAUAUCCUCCCCGCUUCUGACUCCGUCUUCGCCAUUAUCUCCUUCAAGCGAGCACACUCCUGCCCCUGCAACGCAGAGCGACAUCGGCCCCGAUCUUUCUGUAUUACUCUCUUCUUACUUGGCAGGGCAAGGCGGAAUAGAGGAUAACACCUUCGACGACAUUUUCCAUGAUCUUUCACAAUCAGAUAUGAAUGUGGACGACAGCCAUACGGGUGAUCAUUGUGGCUGUCUGAACGACCUUACCAACUAUCAUAUCGUGCUGGAGUUGUCAUUACGUCUUCGCAGAGCGGCGGACAUGUUGACACGCUUCUCGGAACACGAAUCAGGUGCGCGUCCUUGUGCCAUUAGCCAGGGUAUAACGGAACUGGACAGGUUUGCCUCCCUAGCCCUGGGGAAUAUUGCGAUCCCACCUGAACUCAUCUCCCCGUACUCAAAUCACAACAUGGUCGCGAACAUGGGCCCCCACACGACACAUUCUAUAAAUUUCCACGGUGUUCUUCCACCUUUGCUUGCGCCCGCUUCCACCGUCACUCCGAGCCCAUAUCCAUUACAAUCGGUUCUCCCAUGGGGUGUGGAAGGAGCUGCUACUCACACUGAUCAUCGGAGCGAUUCUCUCAUGUCAUGGGAUCCUAGCCGACAUCGCCAAUAA